AUGGGGAAAACCUUGAUGGACACCGUGCGCUAUGCGCACGGCGUCUUGUUCAUGGUUCCCGCUACCCUGGCCCUCUGGUUUCUCAUCACCUUUGCACUCACGCCUGUGGUGCCCUUUCUGGUCUUCAAACCGACCCACUUCAUGUACAUGGCCGUCUUCAUUCGCAUCAUGGACUACUGGCUCCCCUUUGUCUGCCUCAGCCUAGAGUGGUUUGCCGGCGUUCGCGUUCACUCCACCGUGGAUGAGGACACCAUCCUCAAGUCUGAACCCGCCCUCUUCAUCUCGAACCACCCCACGCACCUCGACUGGCACCCCAUCUUUUGCCUGGCUGAGCGCUUCAAUCAGGGCAUCUUCAUGCGCAUCCUACUCAAAGACGAACUUCGCAAAAUUCCCAUCUUUGGUGUCGGCUGGCAGCUGGCGCUCUACAUCUUCCUCAAGCGCACCGAUAAGGCCGCCGACAUGCACUGGAUCAAGACCAUGAUUGAGCAAUGGAAGCAAUCAGACGACCCAGGCUCCUUCCUCAUCUUUCCCGAGGGCACGGACAUGGCCUCUCGUAACGUAGAACGCUCCCACCAGUUUAGCCGGGAGCACAACCUACCCACAUACAACUACAUUAUCCAUCCUCGCACCGCGGGGACUGUGGCCAUCCUUCAGCACGCCCGGACCCAUCUCAAGGCAGUCUACGACAUUACCAUGGGCUUUCAAUACUAUCGUGCCGAUGAGCGACCUCGCGAAAAGUCUUACCUCACGGGCCGCUUCCCUCCUGCCGUUCACAUGCACAUCAAGCGCUACCCCAUUGAAGAGCUUCCCCAAUCCGAUGAAGAUGCCGCGCAGUGGAUCAAGGACCGUUUUGCCGAGAAGGAAACCAUGCUCAAGGCCGCCUAUAACGGCCUGGAUCGUCGCCACGAGCCCUUGCAGCUGCCUGGCAAGCCUUUGCCGUGGUACCAGGAGCUGGCCAUGCAGCUACGCUUCAUUGCCUCUAUCGUCGCCACCCUCUUUGUCAUUCUGGCAUUUGGCCCAAUGCUUUGCAAUUGGUGGGCCUUGAUUUACGCCAUCGUGGUCACCGCUGCCUGGCAUUACAUUGGCGCCACCAUCGGCAUUGAUCGUCUCCUGGUCAAGUACACUUUGGAUGAGGACCAAAUGAGCGCCGAGCGCAAGGAGCAAUAGUCAUUGCUCGAUGCACGCUAGCCAUGUCGCUGCUGAUAUGGAUGAUUCACCCGUGGCCCUGAUCGGGAUGAUCCCUUGAGCUAGGGCUGUUGCCAACUCAUGUCUGAUCUGCAACACGUUGUGUGAAUCUCCCCUUCAGGUCUUGUCCACCUUUCCUUUCUUUAUAAUAGAUGUCAAGCCC